CCUUUGUGAGUCAGCCCAGCAGUAUACCCUGCUCAUAAAGUCUUUUAUGCCUGGGCUCCGGUCUCAUGCUUUUGGCCGACCUUACAUUUUGGUGCCAAAACCCGGAACGAACCUAACACACACCAAGGGCAGGAAACAAACGUGAUUAAAGUCCAAGGCUGGGACUUCCUCCUUGGGGUGUUUGACAAGGGCUGACGUACUCUGGGCCCUUUGAAUCCCGGAAAUUAAGGACACACCCAACCUUGGGUGCAGCAUCCUGAGAGCCGGAGCAGCGUAGGUAAUAGGACCGAAGCAAACAACAUUUCAACAUGAGGGACCCACUGACAGAUUGUUCGUAUAAUAAAGUAUACAAGAACCUAAAGGAAUUUUCUCAAAAUGGAGAAGAUUUCUGCAAGCAGGUCACAUCCAUUCUUCAGCAAAGGGCCAACUUGGAGAUUAACUAUGCAAAAGGACUUCAGAAACUGGCAACGAAGCUGAACAAAGCAUUACAGAGCACAAAGAAAAACUGUCUCGUCAGUGCCUGGGCCUGGGUCUCAGAGGGCAUGAAAUCUGCAGCGGACCUGCAUCAAAAACUUGGCAAAGCAAUUGAGUUGGAAGCAAUAAAGCCAACUCAUCAAGUCCUUAGUGUACACGAGAAGAAGAGAAAAUCACUUGAUAAUGAAGUUGAAAAGGCAGCAAAUCUUGUCAUUAGCAACUGGAAUCAACAAAUUAAGGCCAAGAAGAAAUUGAUGGUCAGUACCAAGAAGCAUGAAGCACUUUUCCAUCUUGUAGAUAGCUCCAAGCAAAUUACGACUGGGAAGGAGAAGCAGAAGCUGCUCAAUAAAUUGAAAAAAUCAGCUGAGAAUUUGGCAAAAGAAGAUGAGAACUACUACCAAAAAAACAUGGCCAGCUGUUCUGCCAGACUGAAAUGGGAGAACACACUGGAAAACUGCUUCCGGAGCAUCCUGGAGCUGGAGAAGGAAAGAAUUCAUCUCUUCUGCAAUAACUUAAACCAGUACUCCCAACAUACUUCUGUUUUUGGCCAAACCCUGACCACAUGCCACACGCAGAUCCACUGUGCCAUCAGCAAGAUAGAUAUCGAAAAAGAUAUCCCUCUCGUGGAAGAAACUGCAAAUUCAUCUGCAGAAAAUAAAUCUGAGUUCCUACUAACUGAUUACUUUGAAGAAGACCCUAAGAAUGCAAUGAGUAAAGAGUGGCAAGUGUCUUCAUUAAAAUCAAAACUGUCGAGAUUGCAAAAAGAUAUUGAAAAAGCCUCACAAGACCAGGAAGGCCUGGAACGAAUGCUGAGAGCCUACACCAGCCACUCCUCCUUCUCAGACACAGAGAGCCAAAAAAACACAGCCGCCUUAAUAGAUGAGAACAACUUGAAACUAGACCUUUUGCAAGCAAACUCCUACAAAUUGUCAUCCAUAUUAGCAGAACUCGAGCAAAGACCUCAACCCAGCCAUCCCUGCAGUAACUCCAUCUUCAGGUGGAAAGAAAAGCAGCAGACACACAGCUCUGUAAAAAUAUCUCGGCCUUUUCUGAUGAAGAGAUUAGAGAAUCUAAAGUGCUUUGCGCCAUGUUCAUCUUGCCCACUGACCAACAGUAAUCCUUGUAACUCAAUCCAACUUUCAGCCUCCGGUGUGACCCAGGUCGGCAAUGGUCUUUGCAAGGCCUUAUAUUCUUUUCAAGCCAGGCAAGAUGAUGAAUUGAAUUUGGAAAAAGGCGACAUUGUGACUAUACACAAGAAAAAAGAAGAAGGAUGGUGGUUUGGGUCUUUAAAGGGGAAAAGGGGCCAUUUUCCUGCCGCUUAUGUGGAGGAACUUCCUUCAAGUGCUGGGAUCACAGCUUCACAAGCGUGAGCAAGAUUCUGAAGGCACUGCUUACACACUGUAAAUUUAUACAAUGUUGUAUAAAUAAAGACAAAUGCUGUGAUCUUUA